AGCCCCGAAAUCAGCAUGCCGGUGGUGGUGGAGGACGCCACGUCCUCGGCCAGCGUCACCCUGCGGGUGCAGCCCCACAUCACCAUCGGCACCCUCAAGGAACAGGUGUACCUGGAGCUGGGGUUCCCCCCGCAGUCCCAGCGCUGGAUCAUCGGGCAGAGCCUGUGCCGGGACGGGCGCAGCCUGAGCUCCUACGGCAUCCGGCACCACGGGGACCCGGCCUUCCUCUUCCUCCUGCCCGCGGCCACACCUGACCCCCACGGGCUGCUGAGGGCCCUGGGGAUGGAACAGGAGACACCUGGGACAGGUAACCUUCAUCAUCAUCAUCAUCAUCAUCCUCAUCCUCAUCAUCAUCCUGCUCCUUCCUCAUCCUCAUCAUCAUCCUGCUCCUUCCUCUUCCUCCUGCUCCUUCCUCUUCCUCCUGCCCGCGGCCACACCUGACCCACACGGGCUGCUGAGGGCUCUGGGGCUGGAGACACCUGGGACAGGUAACCUUCAUCAUCUUCAUCAUCAUCCUCAUCCUCA